CCUCUUACUGCCUCUUACUCUGGUUGAAGCUGCUACUACUAUACCAGCUACUACUGUCGCGACUCGCGAAUCGCUUUAACAUAUAUACACACACGUUUACCAACUCGACGGGUUUUUAACGACCAAAGAGAGAAUAAGAGAGUAUAUUAAUGCAUAAACGUUAUGGAGACACAAGAACUAAAUAAUAAUAACCAAUAUCGCUGUAUUUAUGCUAUACUGUCAUGUUUAUUGCUAUCAAUUACAUAUGUCGCAAGUUUAUAUGUAUGGAGUUCACCACACACCAGAGAACACUCGAGUACAAUAAAAAAAAGAUUUUUUAGUGUGUUCAUCAUGGCUCUGAUAUCUCCAGUAUUUUUAUACUUUGGAAUGAGUAAUAAAGUGCUUGAAAAGGUAACAAUUUGGGAAUUGCUGGGUCUUAAGUGGUCAGGAUUACUUCAGGCAAUUUUUAUACCACUAAUUCUGACAAUGAUCUUAUUCUUAGGACCACUUUGUCUUCAAGGACUCAAUGGUCAAUGGAAAUUGUACGUGGAGCCAAUGUAUUGGAUAGGAAAUGCUAGAACCUUGAUUUGGUGGAGAAAUCUAGUGGUUGCUCCAUUGAGUGAAGAAUGGACCUUCAGGGCAUGUAUGUUACCAUUGUUAUUACAAUGCUUUAGUCCGACUACUGCCAUUUUUAUAUGUCCGUUAUUCUUUGGAGUCGCUCACUUUCAUCAUGUUGUUGAAAGAACAAAAGUUGGCAUGGAGCUCAAGAGUGCUGUCAUACUAUCCACCUUUCAAUUUGUAUAUACCACGAUAUUUGGAGCGUAUGCAGCUUUUUUAUUUGCCAAAACAGGUCACUUUGUCGCUCCUUUUGCGGCACACUCGUUCUGUAAUCAUAUGGGAUUCCCAGACCUAACUGAAGUGCUGGCCUAUAAUAAUUUUCUAAAAAGAGCUGGAUUUUUUAGUCUCUUUGUGAUAGGUCUCGUUGCCUGGUAUUUUUUAUUAACACCACUCACAAAUCCCACCUGGUUUAACAAUAAUCUUUUUUGGGAUAAAAAUUUCCUCCAAUUAAUAACUUGACAAUUUAACAACGCUUAAUUGAAACAAACUAUCAUUGAUUAACAGUAAUAAUAACUACAAGUGUGUUCUAAUUAAAAAGAGUGUUUAUCAAACAUUUAAAUCUCAUUGACUUUUAAGAUGAAAUACACCAUAGUGCCUCAUGUUUGUUUGACUACUUAAAUAGUAUUUUUUAGCUUUUAUAAUAAUAUUGUUUUAAUACUUUUUUACGAUGAUUCAUUGAUAACCAUGGCUAAUUAUUUAAUAUCAUGAUAUCAGUUUUUUACAAGUAUAUUAAUUAUACUGGGCAUUAAGUCUUUAAAUAAUUACUUAUUAUAUUUAAGUAAAGAUUAAGAGUUUUGUAAAGUGUAUAUAACAAUCAUCAGUCGCUUAU